CCGGCUUGCGGGCGCUGCCAGUCUCCGGCGGUGGUGUCCGGCGCGCGGCUGAGCGACUGAGCGUGCGGACAGAGCGGCGGCCUGCUGGGCGGGCUGAGCGGCGCGCGCGGCGGAGGGACGCGGCGGCGGCGGAGGCGGCGGCGGCGACAGGUCUUCUUACAAAGGACAAUGACUACUGAUGAGGGCACCAGUAACAAUGGAGACAACCCAGCAGCCACUGUGGUUGAGCAGGGCGAAGAUAUCACUGCGAAGAAAGACAGAGGAGUGUUAAAGGUUGUCAAAAAAGUGGGAACUAGUGAGGAGACUCCAAUGAUUGGUGACAAAGUUUAUGUCCACUACAAAGGGGCGUUGUCAAAUGGAAAGAAGUUUGACUCCAGUCAUGACAGAAAUGAACCAUUUGUCUUUAGCCUUGGCAAAGGCCAGGUUAUCAAAGCCUGGGACAUUGGUGUGUCUACCAUGAAGAAAGGCGAGAUUUGCCAUUUAUUAUGUAAGCCAGAGUAUGCUUAUGGAGCGGCCGGCAGCCUCCCGAAGAUUCCCUCGAAUGCAACUCUCUUUUUUGAGAUUGAACUCCUUGAUUUCAAAGGUGAGGAUUUAUUUGAAGAUUCAGGCAUUAUCCGUAGAAUCAAACGGAAAGGCGAGGGAUACUCAAACCCGAAUGAGGGAGCAACGGUCGAAGUGCACCUGGAAGGCUGCUGUGGUGGAAGGAUGUUUGAUUGCCGAGAUGUGGUGUUCACUGUUGGUGAAGGAGAAGACCACGACAUUCCGAUCGGAAUUGACAAAGCCCUAGAGAAGAUGCAGCGAGAAGAACAGUGUAUUUUAUAUCUUGGACCACGAUAUGGCUUUGGAGAAGCAGGGAAGCCUAGAUUUGGCAUUGAGCCCAACGCUGAGCUUGUAUAUGAAGUUACACUUAAGAGCUUCGAAAAGGCCAAAGAAUCCUGGGAGAUGGACACCCAAGAAAAACUGGAGCAGGCCGCCAUUGUGAAAGAAAAGGGAACUGUGUACUUCAAGGGAGGCAAGUAUAUGCAGGCCGUGAUUCAGUACGGGAAGAUUGUGUCCUGGCUGGAGAUGGAGUACGGCCUGUCAGAGAAGGAGUCCAAAGCCUCCGAGUCCUUCCUGCUCGCAGCCUUCCUGAACCUAGCCAUGUGCUACCUGAAGCUCAGAGAGUACAACAAAGCCGUGGAGUGCUGCGACAAGGCCCUUGGACUAGACAGCGCCAAUGAGAAAGGCUUGUACAGAAGAGGCGAAGCCCAGCUGCUCAUGAACGAGUUCGAGUCCGCCAGAGGUGACUUCGAGAAGGUGCUGGAGGUCAACCCCCAGAACAAGGCCGCGCGGCUGCAGAUCUCCAUGUGCCAGAGGAAGGCGAAGGAGCACAACGAGCGGGACCGCAGGGUGUACGCCAACAUGUUCAAGAAGUUCGCAGAGCAGGACGCCAAGGAAGAAGCCAGCAGAGCAGUGAGCAGGAAGGCUGGAGAGGGAGCUGCCGGCAAGCAGUGCAAGAGCCAGGCCGUGGAAGGAGGGAAGGCCCAAGGCCACGUAUGACGCCACGCCAAGGAGGGAAGAGAGUCGUCAUGAACUCGGCCCUCCGCACUGGGCUCGCCCACUGAGGACUGAAGUGUUUAGUGUAAGGUUUGUUAGUCUCUGUGAUUCGGAAGCCAGGGGCAGUACCGUAGCUUCCCAAGUAACCACCUGCUGCUGCCAGGCCUGGGGAGGGACAUGCCGGGGCACAGCAGAGGAGGCCAAGCCAGCAGCUCAGGCUAGCCCAUUUCAGUCUGUCACCUUCCAUUGUCCCGCACAGCAUCCCUUGUGAUCCUAGGGCCCAGCUGCUGUGGGAUCUACGUCUGCACUAUCUAUGGUCACUCUGCAGAAACCGUUGAUAAAACCAACUCGGUGGAUCUCUGCUUCCCUAUUGGUGGGCACAGCAGGGUGAGGAGAUUGUUUAGCACUGACUCGCCGAGUAGGAACACAAGCCCACCAAGGUCCACAGCUGGGUCUCUGGCCGCUUGCCUGCCUUCCAAGUCCCCUUCUCAGACUCCCGAGUGUGGCUUUCUGUCCUAGCCAGCAUGUCCCAUGGACCAUUGUUCCUCCAGCACCCUUCAUUAGUGACAGCAGGAGGCGUGUCCCGGGCAGCUUUCUCUGUUUCGGGUGGGUUUCUGAGGUGUGGAGAGCGGUCAGAAGUGGGCUUAUCCGCCCCGCUGUUCAUCCCUCUCAAGGACAAUGUUAGCGCGCAGUCCUCCAUGCUCUCCUGUGUUCCCGUUCUCUGCCUUGCUGUGAAGACUCUGAGGCUUGCUCUUGCCCUGGGCUGGGGUGGACUGACGUCCGUAUCCAGCGAGGACUGACGGGUUGCCCUUUUUUUGUUAUUAUGAUUACCUACUUGUAAACGUGUAUACUGAUUUUUGGAAGGAACGUCACACUCCUCUAUCAUGCAAAAAUAUUUUUCAAUUUUUACUUUUUAGCUUGUGUUUUGAAAGGCAAACUCUGGGAGGUUUAAAACAGGUAGUUACUCUUAGAGUGAGGUACCUGGAAGUCCCACAGGUAGAUGCCUCACCCUGCACUGCAGCCUCAGUGUUCUGGUGGGAGCUGUGAGGGUUGCUGGCUUCAGGUGUACACAUAUCAAGCCAAAGUCUCCAAAACUUGGGCAUUGAAUUAGGGCUAAUCUUAGUUUUGGAGUUGGGUUUUCGUCCUACAGGUUAUGGACGGGAUUGAGCAUGGCUGGCUUCUCCACAGCCAUGGGGACCCCCGUGGGGACACACCCACCAGCCCAAUAAUCCAUGCACCUCUGCCUAAACAGCUCACUUCCAGCCCUAAGGACCACUGUGCUCAAGAUGUGUGGCUUUAGUGAGACAGUCUCGUUGUUGUCAGUUGUUAGGCCAGGGCCUUCAGACCUGCAGGACCGCUGUUCCCUCCUUUCCAGUUCUGCUCUGCCUGCAGCCGAUGCGUGGAGCAGUGAAGGAGCCCUCCAAGUUCACAUCUGCUCUUCUGCACUUCACACCCAUGUUUUAGAGCCCUGGUCUCACCCAGGACGUACUACAGAGCGGGAGUUGACUCUGCAUGUAGUGCGCUAGCGUUUGUAGUUCCCUUGACUAGAAUUGCAGAGGCAGGGAGCCCGUGCUGGAAGUUGAGCUUAACAAGUUAGAUCUUUACAGAAAAACUUCUUCAAAGACUUGGGUGACCCUCACCCAGCUGUCUCCCAAGUGCGUGUUGUGGGCCACGGAGACUGGUAUGGGAAGGGGACGGUCAAAGUUCCGAGCCAGAGAUGGCAGGGCACUCGGCACCACUAGAUUUUACAUGCUCUUGUAUUCAGUGACUUCAGACCAUUUUUAUGAAAAUCAGAAGAUGUCUUCAAACACCCUUAGACUGGAUAGAGUGAUGGGUAAGCAGGUAAUACAUUGAAAUUUUGGUUUUUAAAAAAUCACUUAGAUGCUGGGAGUAAUGGUGACACACACCUUUGAUCCCGUGACUUGGGAGACCCUGUCUCAAAAUAAAAAAAAAAUCAUUUAGAUGCAUUUUGUGUUCCUUAAAUAAAUUUUUUAAAAAGUA